AUGUGGCGCGACCGCAUUUCCGGCCAGUCGACUCCCCCCAGCGUGAAUCGCGCUCCCUCUCUACCCCGGUCAUCCUCCGCCCAACUCUCCCGGGGCCCCUAUAACAACCGACCCGGCGCGACCCCAAGAACCUCGUCCACAUCUUUACUAUUGACCCCGAGUGACUCGACGACCUCCCUUCCAGGUACGGGGCGUGGAUCAAAUGGCACGGGAUUGAGACAAACAAGCGGCCAGCGGCCCCGUCCGGCCUCCGUCCCGGACCCAUUAGAGGUAUUGAAUGGGAUCAUUGGCACAGGAAAGGCGGACAAGGUCGCCCCGCAGCUAGCGACCCAGUCAGGAUCAAGGCCAACGGACCUGGUAGAGGCGAUUGAUUUCAAUGGAUUGAGCCUGGAGCAGUUCGUUGCCAAAGUCGACGUGGCGCAGUCAACCCGAAAGACCACGAGAAGUGAGGUCAACGCGCAAACAGUGAAGCAAUUCGAUCAAGAGCGGGAUAAGUUCCAGGACCUACACACGUCAAUAACUGGCUGUGAUGAUGUAUCGAAGUCGGUCGAGCUAUACUUGAAUGAUUUUCAGACGGAACUGGGUGUAGUCUCAGCCGAGAUUGAAACCCUGCAGACACGCUCCACGCAACUGAACGCGAUGCUGGAGAACCGACGGAACGUGGAACGACUAUUGGGCCCGGCAGUGGAGGAAAUAAGCAUCUCGCCCAAAGCGGUUCGCACGCUUGUCGAGGGCCCUAUGGAUGAGAACUGGGUGCGCGCAUUGAAUGAGAUGGACGCCCGGACAACCAGCAUAGAAGACAAGGCAUCAUCUUCAAGCGGUUUUAAGGCAAUUGAAGAUGUGCGGCCACUUUUGGUGGAUGUGAAAAACAAGGCGAUUGAACGAAUCCGAGAUUAUCUGGUGUCGCAGAUUCGAGCCAUGCGGUCCCCAAACGUCAAUUCCCAAAUUAUCCAGCAGCUACGGCUGGUGAAGUUCAAGGACCUUUACAGUUAUCUCUUGAAGGCACAUCCGAAGCUUGCAGAGGAGAUCUCCCAGGCCUAUAUCAAUACCAUGCGCUGGUAUUAUACUUCCAACUUCACCCGUUACCUCCAGGCCCUUGAGAAGAUCAAGACUUACCCGAGUGAUCGGAACGAAGUGCUAGGAGGCGAUCCCUCCGCCCACCGAACAGGCAAUAUUCUCUCUGGCGGCCGAGCUGGCUCUGCCGCCCACGAUCCUUUCUCCCUGGGUCGGCGGAUCGAUAUUCUUCGAAACGGCAACCAACAGGCCUUGUCGUCCUACCUAGCGGAAGAAGACAAUGCCUAUCAUGGAAUCGAAGUACCAUUCCGAAAUUUCAAUGUUGCGCUGGUGGACAACGUGUCUGCUGAGUAUUCAUUCCUCACCGAGUUUUUCUCUCCAUUGACAUUCCAUCAAAUCUCGCGCAAGGUGAUGGAAAUCUUCGAGGCGGUCUUCGCCCUGGGACAAAAUCUUACGAAGAAGCUGAUCGACACCACUACCGACUCACUGGGUGUCUUGAUGUGUGUGCGUCUAAACCAGCACUCAGCCUUUGAGCUCCAGCGCCGUAAAGUUCCUGUCGCCGAUUCCUACGUGAAUGGCAUCAACAUGCGUCUUUGGCCGCGCUUCCAGGUGAUCAUGGAUCUUCAUGGGGAAUCUCUCAAGCGAGUUGGCUCCAACACCGGACGCAGUGCGGUUUCGGCGCUCUCUCUUGUGGGCGGAGACGAUUUGAAGCAGUCAUCGGCACCACACUUUUUGACACAACGUUUUGGGCAGCUUUUACACGGCAUCCUUGUCCUCAGCAGUGACGCUGGGGAUGAUGAGCCUGUCGCAAACAGCUUGGCCCGAUUGAGAAGUGAAUUCGACACGCUUCUGGCGAAGCUGAGUCGAAAUGGCACCGACGCCAAGCGCAGAGAGCGAUUUCUGUUUAACAAUUAUUCAUUGAUAUUGACCAUCAUUAGUGAUACCCAAGGCAAAUUAGCAACCGAGCAGAGACAGAUGUCUUGCAAUCGGGAGUUGAUCGACCGAGGCAGAGCCGGCGAUCGGCGCGAUCUCCGUCCGCGGGGUCACCUCCGUAUCCCGUCGCCAAUUGCUGGUCAAUUGUUGCAACUCCUCAAUCCGCUCUACCUGGCAUGUCGCGCGAGAGUCCACCGCGCGGACUUCACACAUGCUGUAAUUGGUGCCGGUGUCGUUGGGCUUGCAGUCGCAAGACAACUGGCAGCGCACGAGGGCACGUCUACCAUCCUCCUCGAGCGACACGAUGCACCGGGGACCGAGACCAGCAGUCGCAACUCCGAGGUCAUCCAUGCCGGCCUCUAUUACCCGGCCGACUCCCUGAAAACAAAGCUCUGCAUUCGUGGCCGCAACCUCCUCUACGAUCUCUGCUCUAAGCACGCCAUCCCCCACCGCAACACCAAAAAAUGGAUUGUUGCUCAAACCCCCGAACAAUGGGAAGCCUGCCUACGUGUCCACGCCCAUGCUCAGUCCUUAGGGGACGCCCCGACCCGGCUCGUCGGCGCCGCAGAAGCGGCCGCCCGCGAGCCUGACGUCAAAGCCGACGCCGGCAUCGUCGAGAGUGAGACCACCGGAAUCGUGGACAGCCACUCACUGAUGACAUAUCUACAAGGCGACUUUGAAGACCGUGGCGGCGACUGCGUGUUCAAGACGCGUGUUACCGGCGUCGAGCCUGUCGCUGGCGGCGGGUAUCAGAUUACGGCUGUAUCAGACGAAGAUGGCUCCGUGACGAGCAUUACCGCUGACACAUUGAUCAACAGCGCAGGACACGGCGCUUGCGCGAUAAACAACCUCAUGCUCCCGGCGGAGCGUCAUCGUUUCCCGCAUUAUGCGAAGGGCACAUACUUCUCGUAUGGUGCGUCGCGACCGCGCACGUCGGUGCUGGUGUACCCAGUGACUCUUCCGGGCUAUGGUGGUCUGGGCACGCAUUUGACGCUUGACAUGGGCGGGCGGAUUCGCUUCGGGCCGGAUGUCGAAUGGGUGGAUGAUCCGAAUGAUCUGCAGCCUAGUAGUGCGCGUUUGGAACAGGCUAUCCCGGAGAUCUUGUCCUAUAUGCCUGGCGUGGACCCAUCCGCUAUUGCGUUGGAUUACUGCGGUAUCCGGCCAAAGCUGGGUCGUGGCGGUGCGGUGAAUGUGGGCAAGGGAUUUCAGGAUUUUGUCAUCCAGGAGGAAGAGGGCUUCCCUGGGUUCGUGAACCUGUUGGGGAUUGAGAGUCCUGGGUUGACGAGUUGCCUGGCUAUUGGGGAGAUGGUUGAUGAGAUCCUCUAUCGGUAA